AUGGAGGAAAAAGUUCUUGAAUCUUCAGAAGAACUACAUAACGGGGCAGUUGCUGAUGACAACAAUGAACAAGCCGUUCACGAGGAUAGUAUUUUUGAUAAGAAAACAGAUUUUAGUUAUUCAUCAGAUGAAUAUGAGCCAGAAUUAAAAGAACCGACAGAAGAACAGAAAAAAGAACAGAGCCCCAAAGCAAAAGAUGUCGCUGACUCUGUUUUAAGCUCCAAUUCCAGAUCCGGUACGAGUUCUAGCUCGGACUCGGACUCGGACUCGAACUCGAACUCAAACUCAAACUCAAACUCAGGGCUGUCUGUUUCAAACCCAGGAUCAGAAUCAGAAGAUAAUGUAACUGAUUUUGAAGAAGAUAAAGAUAAUGAUAAUGACGAGGGUCCGAUAAGAUCGAAAAACGAGAUUGUGGAUGAAAAUGCACCUUCUUUGCCUGACGAUUUCAUUAUUGACAGUAAUACACCCAUUCGAUAUCUUGGAAACGUGACAGGUAUUGUGGAGAAAAAUGUCAUUAUUCAAUCUUCUGCAUCAGCUGAAUAUCAGGUAUUGGAAGGUGCAAUUCUCUGUCUCAAAGACAGAACUCCAUUAGGUCCGUUGUUUGAGGUUUUCGGAAGAAUCCACUCUCCGGUCUACCGCCUUAAGUAUAACACGAAACAAGACCUUGAAAAGCGAAGCAUAAAAAAAGGAGAUCAAGUUUACUAUGUCAUUCCAUCUGCACAAUUUGAACUAACACAAAAUAUAAAGGCCAUAAAGGGAAGUGAUGCAAGUAACUGGAACGACGAGGAGAUUCCAGAGGAGGAACAGGAGUUCUCCGAUGACGAGAAGGAGAAGGCAGCCAAACGGAUGAAAAAGCGAAAGCAUAAGAAUAAGACCAACAGCGAUAAUAAGAAAAAGAAGACAGAUGAAAUAGGAAGUACCUCGAAGAAACUCAUCCCAGAUUACAUCAAAUCAAGGCUUACUUCAUUACCUUCAUCUCAGGCUUCAAAGAAAAAAGACAAUAAGUCCAAAGAUAGUCAGUCCAAAGAUGGUGGAGAUCAAAUUCUUAUGAACGAUCGGAGUAACAUUUCAAGACAAGUAUACCCUCAGCCGCUCUCAAUUCCAUGUUCUAUCGCGGCGUCGAGUCAGCAGCCGGUUUCUUCAACUUCUCAAUACUCUCCUGCGCCUUUACUCAACGUACUCUCGCAGACGUCGCAAGCUUUUGUAAGCAUCAUGAAUCCUCAAAACCAGGUGCAGUCCUCACAAAAUAUGACACAACAAACCCAUCAGCAGUCGGAGCCACCUUUUUCCCUGGACUCCACAAAUCAAGGUCAGCUGCUCCAAAAUUUGAUUUCCAAUGUUCAAUCGAACUUUGACCAGCAGCAGGCGAAAAUAUUGGCCCAAAUAGUUUCACUUCUUGCAAAUCAAACUAAAUCUGCCGUUACAAGCAUACAUUCGGCUGUGCAGAAUACGCUACCGGCAAAUAGUGAAGUAUAUCCAUGUUUAGAAGGUCAAAGUAUGGGACCGUAUGCUAUACAACAUGGACAAAUGCAGAACGAAGAUAUCAAGUACUCCACAGCGGUCGAUGAGGAAGAAGCUGAUGAUGCUGAUGCUUAUGAUCCCGAAAACCCUAAUUGA